AUGACUCGUGGUUUAAAAUUUACACGUUUACUUCAGCGUUUGCAAAAAUGUUCUGAAAGUAUUAUGUACCACGACGAAAUCAAUUCUGUUGUACAACGAAUUAAACAAAUGGAAUCAACUACGAUCCCAUUUCAAUUUCAUCCUAUUCAAGUUUUCGAUGAAACAAAGCAUGUAGUAGAUGUGAUAGCUAAGGAAUAUCUUCAAAAAGCUACUGGUGAUACACAUCAUCUUGUUCCUGUUGAUGUUUUUGGCGAUGGAAACUGCUUAUAUCAUUCUAUUGUUGUUUUUAUGAACAAUCCGUUGGUGACAGUUAGUGAAUUACGAGUUCGAACAAUUAUGGAACUUAUAACUAAUGAAAAUGAUUAUCAAACUAUGUAUUCACAAUAUUUGGGGCCUACCGAUAUCGCUAUUAAAGCUAUUUGCAAGAAUUAUACGUUUUCUGAAUUAUAUGAAAUUGCUGCACUAUGUAAUGUACUUCAAUGUAACAUACGAAGUGUCUAUCCAAAAAUUGAUUUUCAUCAUCAUAUGGCAAUUUGGGAUAACCUCUUUACACCUAUUCCACCUGUUAGUUCCAAU